AUGGACAACGCUGCUCUUUGUGACUUGAUCCAGCGCGCCUUCGAGGCGGCGCUUGCUGGCGACCGUCCGCCUCCCGAUCGAACCUAUCUGGUGGAGGAAACGGUGGAGAGCAUGAUGGAGAGUGUCAAGGCGCAUGCCGCAGACCUCGACGCUCUACUCGACAAAAAGGUCGAAAACGUAGUGAAGUUCCGUGACUUCAACACGUUCGGCACCUAUGWUGAAGACGAGGAAUACUCUCGUCCAAAGCCAAAGCGGAAGUCAAAGGGAAAGGGAAAGGGAAAGGGUAGAGCUUCGGCCAAGGCGGGCAAGAUCGACGAGCAUGCUUUCGUGUCGGACUCCGCGCCGGUGGCAAAGAAUGGAAAGGUGAAAAAGGGAAAAGCUGCAAUCGGAGACCAGGACAAGGAGUCCGAGGAAGACUCACCCCCGAAGUUAAUCCUCAAGGUCAAAGGAAAGACGAAGGCGAAGGAGAAGACCAACUCCAGCGUAUUGAUUUUCAACAGCGAGGAGGAAGAUGUUGCGGUUGCGGCUGAGUCCCCACCAAUCCCAAAGGAGAAGGCUAAGGGCAAGAAGAGCGUGCACUUCAAGGAGGGCGAAAAGGGUGCAACGGAUGCGGCCCCCCGGCCAGUGCCAAGGAAGUCGCGCAGGAAGAAGGGAGCACUCACUCCAGACGACGAGGGCGAAGAUGUCCCGGUGGCGGCCGAGUCCGUAUCAAUGUCAAAGAAGAUGGCAAAGACUGUGCAAGUCGCGGAGCGCGAAGAGGAUACGCCGGUGGCCGCCUCCCCGCUAGUGCCAAAGAAGACGCGCGGAGAGAAGCGAGCAUUGACUCCAGAGGAUGACGGUGAAGAUGGCGCGGCUGUACAGACUACUCCACCACCAGCAAAGCGCACCAGAGCAGGGAAGAAGGCAGAGAAGUUGUCUGAGGAGGAAGGCGGAGAAGAGGCUGUGAAGGAGGAUAUCGCUGUGACUGAGAAGCGCAAGAAGAACACGGCUGCUGUUGCCAAGGGUCGGGCCAGGAAGAAGCAGGAAAUGGAGGAUUUGCGUGAGGAGGUGGCGAGGUUGAAGGGUGCAAAGGCUGCCGAGUGA